AUGGAUUACAAGGCGGCAUUGGUGAACGGGAUCGAUUCAGAUUCCAAAGGCAGUUCAGAUGCGGUGAAGAGCUACAUCCAUGCUGCACCAAUCACACUUCAACGAAAACCCUUUCUUCAGCCGGAGGUAGAUGUGAGGCUCUCUCACACUGGCACGCCAAGAGCAAACAUAGCCGCAACAUAUGACCAGCCGGAAGGCUCGCAAGCUGGUAAUUGGGCAAAAGAGCACCAAAAUCAGACUGUCCUGCAACAACACUGCGAUUACUUUGACCGUGAUAAAGACGGUAUCAUUUGGCCUCUGGACACCUUCAAAGGCCUCCACGCACUAGGAUUUAAUUUCCUGUUCUGCAUCAUCGCCGUAGUCGUUGUUCACUUCGCCUUUUCCUACCCGACCGUCUCCGGACUCCUCCCCGAUCCCUUCUUCCGUAUUUAUCUCAAAAAUAUUCACAAGAGUAAGCAUGGAAGUGAUAGUGGGACAUACGAUAACGAAGGCCGCUUCGUACCCCAAAAGUUUGAAGACAUGUUCUCCAAGUACGCGGACGAUAAGGACUAUAUCACUGUACGAGAUGUAUUCAACAUGCUCAAGGGCCAGAGGUUGCUGGCAGAUCCAUUUGGCUGGGCAGCCGUUUCUAUUGAAUGGUUCACAACUUACAUCCUUCUCUGGCCUGAAGAUGGGCGCAUGAAGAAGGAAGACAUCCGAAAGCUUUACGAUGGAAGUCUCUUUGACGAGAUGGCUAAGGAGAGGAAACACUCGAGCAAGUAA